AGGACACUGAUGUGACGUUACGGAUGAACAUGAUCGUGACAUUUAUAUUUUAUUUUUUAUGUCUGCCUGUGACACGAUGACAACGUGUCCAGGUGUAGCCUGCAUUUGCCUACAUGCAGUAGAAUGUGUUCAGCUAGCGUCCUCGAGGACGAAAGGGUAGACUCAUGGUAAACUUGUGGCAUUUUUGGACACAGGAAGUUUAAAACCACGGGCUUUUAUUGUAAUAUCGGAGGCUUAACCGGAUGUACUUUAGGCAACACGUAUGUACAUGUGACUGUUGUUGUAUACAAAUCUGCUGCAGGCUUCACUAUCGUUUCCCCAUGGGAGAAUUGCAACAAGCAGGAAGGUCAAGGCCUUGAGGGGAGAUGACAAAGCAAGAUGUUUUGCAGCCCGUGGAGGGGGACACAGUUCUGUGCUGCAACAAGAAACUCUUGCAGAGGCUGGUUAUCCACCAGGUGGCUUCAGCACCGAUGCCUUCUGAUUAUGAGUUCUCUUUCUUCGACCCAAGUGAGCGUCAGUGCAGAGAAGUGCUCUUUGACCCCAACACUACAAUACCGGAACUGUUUGCUGUUCUUAGACAGUGGGUGCCCCAGGUUCAGAAGAACAUUGACCUAAUUGGCAAUGAGAUCCUCAGGAGAGGCUGUGGUGUGAACGAUCGUGAUGGCCUGACAGAUAUGAGCCUUCUACAUUACUGCUGCAAGGCUGGGGCACCAGGCAUUGGCGAUGCAGACACAGCAGCUAACUUUGCCUGUCGACUCAUUGAUCUGGGUGCUGACCCAAGUCUCCAUUCACGUUGGACCAACAUGAGGGCUCUUCACUAUGCUGCUUAUUUUGAUGUGCCACAGCUCAUCAGAGUGGUGCUGCAGGCUUCCUUGCCUGGAGAGGUUGAUGCCACCUGCAGUGACUUUGAUUUUGGAACUGCUCUGCAUAUCGCUGCAUCUAAUCUGUGCACAUCAGCUGUCAAAUGUCUCUUGGAGCUGGGAGCCAACCCUGCUUUCAGGAACGACAAGGGACAGUGUCCCGCUGACGUGGUGCCUGAUCCACUUGACAUGACUUUAGAGAUGGCAGAUGCAACUACUGUGGUCAAGGAGCUCAAGGCUUUGCUGAGACAGUCUUUACCCAGACCCACCUCUCCUCUGGCCCUUACUCUUCAUUCCCAAUCCCCUGCUCCUCUCUCUGAUAAGGCCAGGAAGCAGCUUGCCACCAUGGGAAUCCGUCUAGGUGACCGUGUGAUGAUAGCUCGACAGAAGGUUGGAACUCUUAGAUUCUGUGGUAACACGGACUUCUCUGGAGGUCUCUGGGCUGGAGUGGAGCUGGACAAACCAGAGGGGAAAAAUGAUGGCUCGGUAGCAGGGGUCCACUAUUUUAGCUGUCAAUUUAAACAUGGUAUCUUUGCACCUCUGUCGAAGAUCAGCAAACCCCUGGAAAGACAUAAAACUAGCACACCAAGGACAUCGACACCCAGAAGACCCCCUUACCACAUGAACCUGUCCCGCCUCACCUCGAAGACAAACACAGGUGUGUCUCGCUCUCUUUCCUCAUCAUCCUCAUCACUUGACUCUCACCCGGGGCCAAGACCUCGUCUCUUGCCAAGGCAACGCGCUCCUGCUCGGCAAAGAAGGGAACGUUCUUCCUUGAGUUCCAGGAAGACACCUUCACCAGCUCAUCAUUCUCUUCCUUCUUCCACCGUGACUCCCUUUGCUGGUUCUCAACCAACCUCUUGUGCCUCUAUGUGUGAGGGCCCUGGGGUGCAUCUGGGAGAGAGGGUGCUCGUGGUCGGCCAGAGAACUGGAGUGGUCCAGUUCUGUGGUAAAACCAGCUUUGCUCCAGGGCUGUGGUUGGGAAUUGAAUUAGACAAGCCCAGUGGUAAGAACGAUGGAUCAGUGGGAGGAGUGAGGUACUUCAGCUGUCCACCAAAACACGGCAUCUUUGCUCCUCCAUCCCAUGUUCAGAGGAUCCAUGGAUCUGUCGAUUGUCUCUCAGAGCUGUCUUCCUCUCGUCUCAGUCGUCCUCUAGGUGGAACAAUCCGUCGCAGUUUGAGCACAUCGUUGGCCAUCGCUGCAACUAAAGACACAAGCAGACGACGUCCAGCUUCCAGAAACAAUGGAAAAAGGAAUCAUUUCCACCUUCACAGACGACGCUGGAGCACACUCAGUGGGAGUAGUAACAGUGUUCCUGGCCAUGUGACCGGGUCCAGUCCCUCUGCCUCCUCUGAUGGACAGGUUCAUCUCCAGGGAACUGCAGACUUUGCUCCGGGCCUUUGGCUGGGCCUGGAGCUACGGAGCCCGAAAGGCAAGAAUGACGGCUCUGUUGGGGGACGCCGCUACUUCACCUGCCGCCCUCACCACGGCGUGCUGGUCCGUCCCAGUCGAGUCACCUAUCGUGGCAUCAAUGGUUCACACUUGGUGAAGGACAGCAGCAGAUAACUAUGAGAAACAGUCAGCUGCUGCAGGAAAACAAAUAUAUUUCUUUGGUCUGCUACAAACAACAGUUUUGUCUUGUGUUUUCAAAUUCUUGUUAUUGAUUUUCUCCAGUUCUCUCAGAGGUCUUGGGAGAUGCUGUAACCACUACCUAACAGUUAAUUUUCAAUUCUACAAGAAUGGUCAAAAGGAAAAAAAGCACUUUAGGAAAUCAACAUGCAAUUCCCCUCAGAAUUUGACUUGGAAGUUUCAGAAGUGAAAGUCUUAAAAGACCAAAUUGCUGCACAGCUCUUUAAGCGAUUGCACUAAAGAAUACACGAGCACUCUGUAUAUAACUCAAUAAUAUAUAAAUAUACGUAUCUACUAUGGAAAUGGUUUAUAAAGCAUAGUUUUAUUUGCUAACUAAUUUUAAACACUUAACGCAAGAUAAUAAGGUUAGACGUUAAACCUCUGACCCAGCGUGUCUGUGUUUGUGAUUACACGUGUGCAUGUGUUUCAGAUUCCACCUUGUCAUGAUGGAGAUCAGUAUUACUCCAAGGUUGCUACAUGGCUCAGGUAAUUGAUGGAGAUGGGGGAAAAUAAUUUUCAGUAGAGGACUCCAUUUAAAUUUAACAGGAUUUCAUUAACCUUUAGCCUCCAUCGACCCAUUCAUUUAAUUAUGAAAAAAUGAGUUGUUUCCUCUUUUUAUGUACUGUUAUGUCACACACGGCCUAUGUAUAUCGAUGCUGGUACAUUGCACUUCUGGCUGCAACUGUGCUGCCUGUCUGACAUGAAGCCGCAGUUAAUAAAUAUUUAGACUCAUGUUUGAAUAAAACAUCUUGACAUAAAA